AUGCCCGUUUAUUUUCGAGGCGCCUCAAAACUAGACUUCAAUCGUGAGUGGAGGUGCUUUUCCCCCAAUUCUUGUUUCGUUAACCUGUGUGUCAUUCAAACUUUCUCAUUGUGCCAUGCCCCUCAAUCCCUCCCAUGCCGUUUCAGCGCCCCCCUUCCUCUCCCCACCUCCCCACCCCCUCUCUUCUUGCAAUCUUUUCUGUUCCCCGACCUGCGUAUGUCAAAGGAGUAUCGGCAGCUGGCAGACAUUCAGAUGAACCGCUUCCUUCCUCCCCUCUAUUCAUGCCUGGUAUUCGUAUCUCCCCCACCACUCCCCCUCCUCUCUCAUCCCUCCCACUCUUUGCAGCCUUCUGUUCCCCGACCUACUCUGUUCCCCGACCUACGUAUGUCGAAGGAGUAUCGGCAGCUGGCAGACACUCAGAUGAACCGCUUCCUAGACGUGCUGCUGAAAGAUAUGAUGGGGUCAAUAGGUGCACCCACCACGGGCAUUCCUCCUGCCGAGUUCCAGAAAAGACUGGAUGCAUUCAACGUGGCAUUUGAGGAGCUCUGUUUCAACAUGCGCCGAUUCCACGUGCACGACUCGGUGGCGCGCACUCAGAUCCGUGGCGUGUGUCACGAGCGAAUCCUCUCCUCCUACAAGGAGUUCCUCAUGCCCUUCAGGUGCGCCCCUCCCCCCUCCCCACACACCUCUCUUCCUCUCUUCCUCUCCCUCGCAACGUGUGUCACGAGCGCAUCCUCUCCUCCUAUAAGGACUUCCUCAUGCCCUUCAGGUAACCCAAUUCCCCUUUCAGGUAACCUGUCUGUGCUGUUUCAACACCUUCAACCCUCCCCUCCUUCAACCCUUCCCUCUCUGCUGUGUCACGAGCGCAUCCUCUCCUCCUAUCAGGACUUCCUCAUGCCCUUCAGGUGCUCCUCCCCUCUCUUCCUCUCUUCCUCUCCCCUCUGCUGUGUCACGAGCGCAUCCUCUCCUCCUACAAGGACUUCCACAUGCCCUUCAGCAGUUCCAAGAGAGUGA